AUGUGCACCACGUCGAAACCAUCAGUUUACCAACCCAAAUUAAGCGAUCAUUUCUCCAAAUUCCCACUGGAAAAGCAGGUUGAAGGGUGGGAUGAGCUGUGGAAGAAUGAGACCACUCCAUGGGAUCGUGGGGAACAUAACCCCGCACUAGAAGACACCCUUGUCCAGCGCGGCGGAUUCCUGGGAACAGCGCUUCAAGAUGACAAUGAGACAACAAACAGGAGUGGCAACAAGAGGAAAAAGGCGCUUGUUCCCGGGUGUGGGCGGGGAUUCGAUGUUUUUCUGCUAGCAGAGUUUGGAUACGAUGCGUAUGGGUUGGAAUACAGCGAUACCGCUGUGGACAUUUGUUGUCGGAAUGCUGCUAGAGUUGCGGAUAAUAUUCCGGUUCGGGACGAUCGCAUAGGGAAGGGGAAAGUUACCUUUGUCCAAGGGGACUUUUUCAACAAUGACUGGUUGAAGUCGAUUGGGGUUGGAGAGGGAGGGUUUGAUCUUAUAUAUGAUUAUACUGGCACCGGAAGUUUGGAUUUGAUACGAAACCCUGUCUAA